GACCAGCGCUAUCAGCCCUACCAAUACCAACAGCAGCAGCAGCAGCAGCAGCAUCAGCAGCAACACCAGCAACAUCAGCAACAUCAGCAACACAGCAACACCAGCAACACCAGCGACAGCAGCAGCAUCAGUCGCACUACCCACAGCAACACCAGCAAUUCCAGCCGACGCAGCAGCAACUGCAGCAGCAGUCCUACCACUCCUACCAAUACCCUUCGCAGGACAGCUGCGAGGGCUUCAACCAGUUCGCCACCAACGCCGGCAGCUGCCUGGGCAACCAGAGAAUGAUGGUUAGCAAAUUGUGGAACAGCUGCUUCCCGGAGUUCACUCCGGACCAUGUGCAUCGCCACAACUUUUACCUGUGCCAGUGGCAGCGCAACACGCAGGUGCGCAUCGUGUACCUGUUCUACCGCUGGAUAACGGCCAUCACCUGCCUGGCGGCGCUGGUCUGCUCUUUGCUGGACAUCGGGCGCACGGACGAGCACUUCGAGCACCACUACGCCAAGUGGUGGAUCUACCUGACCCACUGGGGCCUGCUCUUCUGCACGGUGCAGGCCUGGCUGGCCGCCUGGAUAGUCACCCAGGGCAUGAUGGUGGAGCGCGAGGACUUCGAGAUCGUGCGCCAGGCGAAGAAGAGCCGCCUGCACCACCUCUACUGGGUGCUCUACACCUGUGCCACUGUCUAUGCUUUCAUCGUCACCAUGUGCUACUGGCUCUUGGUCCACAAUCCCGAGAUUCACAAGAUUGAUGCGCUGAACAUAAUGGUGCAUGUGCUCAACACGAUUAUAAUGCUGAUCGAUUUGGCCAUUGUGGGGCACCCGAUAAAGAUGAGCCACGCCUACUUCACCACCGGCAUUGGCCUGGCCUAUGCCAUAUUCACGGGCAUCUACUUCUUGGCCGGCGGCACAGACAGGAAAAACCAAACUGCCAUCUAUCCGAUGAUGGACUGGACCAAGCCGGGCAAGGCGAUCAUUGUGACGGCCUGUGCGAUCAUCUUCACCUUUUUUGUGCACUUCUGCUGCUACCUCUUGUACCGCGGCAGGGUGUGGCUCUUCACCAAGCUGUGCAUCCGCGGGCGUCACAAUCGCGAUGGGGAAAUGGGUGAGGGUCUCAACGACGACUCCGGAUCCCGCAUGGGUGGCGCAGGCGGAGGGGGAGUUGGAGGAGGAGUUGGAGGAGUCGGAGGCGGAGGAGUAUCCUCCAGUGGCGGAGGAACAGCUGGUGGCCUGGUGGCUGCCGCUGGCGCUGUGGGCAGCAGCCAGGACUACGCCCACCAGCAGCAGUAUCCCAUUGCCCACACGGAGCAGCCGAGGGCGGGCAGCCACAGCCACCACCACCAACAGCAGCAGCAGCAGCAGCAGCAGCCGCCGGGCAGCUACCAGCUGCCGCCGCAGUACUCCGGAUAUCUGCAGCAGCCGGUGGUGGCCGGGGUCAAUGUGGGCGUGAUCAGUGCCGAGGGCGUGUACCAGCCCAUUGGCACGGACACUGGACGCACCAGUGGCGGUGGUCCGGACGGCAAGCACAAGUCAUCCGCCUCGGUAUCGGCCACUGGAGGAGCUGGUCCCGGAUCUGGAGCAGGAGCAGGAGCCGGAUCUGGUGCGGGAUCGGGAUCGGGAUCGGGCUCGGCCUUGACGCGCACCGUGGCCCACCUGGAGGCGUCGCAGCGGGAGCAGUUCCUCAACCCCAACAAGAUCGUCGAGUACAAGAUGUAAAGGCGUUGCACCCGGCACCGGUAUACGUUCCACUUGUCCAUGAAGUUUCUGGAGAAGCACUGUGCCCAGUGCGAGCAGCAGCGCCACUUGGCCUGAGCAUCGAGCACCGAGCACCGAGCACUGAGCACAGUGGUUAGUUCUUAGAGUAUUGCUUUCGAAAGUCGUCUAGUUUUCGAAUACCUGCCAGGCCAAAUCGAUUGAUCGGAUCGAUUGAUCGGCUCAAAUCAGUAUUGCACUUGGUAUUUGCUUUUUUUUUUGGCAAAGUAGUUUGUAACCGUAGUAGUUUCGUAAUUUUGUAAAAGCUUUGCCAAUUUUUUGAAUGUGUGUAGACGCUUUUCAAAUGUAGCACCGCAAAGGUCUAGAAAUAUUAGAGAAUGUUCCUUUUUAGCGAGGGAUUACCGCUGAGUGUUUUCUGAACUUUUUCGUUAUUUUUGUGGGGUAAUCCUUUCGGCAAGUCGUUCCACAACAAUUUAAAACAUUUUAAUGGACUAAGUUGAACAUGAUAUUUGUAUUUAACAACUCAUAGCAUUUUAUUUGAAGCUCAGUUUUAAUUAUUGUCUUGAUAAAACAAUUGUGUUCACAAAAUGUACACACUAUUCAACAGUUACUUUCGACCCAAACAAACAACAGCUAGAGAAAACAGAAAACAAAAUGACAUACUGCCUACAAUGAUUUAAGUUAAGAACUUUUUUUACAUAGCUAAUUUAACCAUUUAUCCACAAAAAUUUUAUAUAUCGGUGCAGGUGUAAAGCCAGCUCA